AUGUGCCAUUAAGGAGGUGGUUAAUAAGGCAGGGAGUGACAUGAACCCCCAUAUUAUAUGUGGGGACUUUAACUCGGAGGUGACUAGCCCGGGUUAUCAGCUGUGUACAGAGGGAUACCUGUCUGACGCCUGUAUUCAACAACUCCAGUCACUGGAGAAUUUACAAUUUCAGGAUGGAUCAAAAUCUUCAUUAAUCAACACAUUAUGGAGGGCAUUUCAGCAUACAUCCAGCAGUAUGAAAAGUGCCUAUAAAGCUGCUCAGGGGAGAGAACCACGUCUGACCUCCUUCCAGAAAUUAAUGAGGGCGGCUGUAGACUACAUUUUCUUCAGCUCUAACUGUCUGGACAAUGUGGGGGUACUAGAGGUGGCGCCGGAGGAGGCCAUCACACAGACAGGGGGAAUCCCCGACCAAAUAUUCCCAUCAGACCAUGUAUCAAUCAAGGCCACUUUCUCAUUCAGAUAAACAACAUCUAUCAUGAUCAUUAUUGGAGAGCCUCGACUAAAGAUCUACUUCCUCAUUAAUCAUUGGUCAAAUCAUGUCAAUCAUCUGAAUCAUAGUUUACCUCUAGAACUGAUGGACUAGCAACAAAGUGCAGCUAAUUUUGAACAUGGUCACGAAGGCACCACUACGUACAUGGUUAAACAAGUCAACAAUUAAUAUUUUUUGUGGAACCUUGAAAACACAUUUUGGCUUUAAAAAGUUGCCUUUUCCUCCUAAAUGGAUUUUUUUCUUUCUUUGAACUUUGUCCACCUUAUAUUUAUCAUCUCAAGAAAAUCCAGAUGUGUAUAGAAUAUGCUUUAUAAACGAGGCCUCUUAGUUAUAUGUUGUUUUUUAUGAUAGAGUUAAUGAAUUAUUUUAUGAACAUUUAUUAAUUCAAUUGAGAAUUUGGGUAUUUUAAUGUGUUUGUUGUUUUAUUCUUCUUUAAUGAAUGUGAGUUUGGAUUUCAGUGUUAGUUGAUGUUGAAAGGUGCCAUUUUGGUUUCAAUAUUGGAUGUAUACAUUUUUUCCUAAGCUUAAAAUAUUAUUGUGGAAGUUAUUACUCUUAGAAAAAAUAUGUCUGUAAAAAAUUAAAAAUUUUUAUAACUGAAAUUAUUUUCUUGUUAAUUAAAUUAUUAAUAAAAUCUGACCUCAUAGAGGAUGUUUAUUUGUUAAAAGAUAAGGUGCUCAUUUUUCUUAAGAUAUUUAUUAUGCCAAAAAAAUAUAUAAAGUUUAAUAAUUUUAUUUCAUCUUACUUUAUGUAAUCCGAAUAGAAGGAAUAUAUUUGGACAAUAGAAUAGCAUUCUCAGAGGAUUCUGAUUAAGUUGAUG